UUCUAUUAUUGUUUGCACGUGAUUCGAUGGAGAACGUGACACACUUCUAUUUGUAAAAUAGAAGAAACAUUUCAUAAAAGAAAUAAUUCAAUUUACCCCGUUACAUUUCUCAAAAAUUAGACGUUGAAGGAAGCAAACAGUUGGCAGAGCAAUUAAUAUAAUCUUGUAAGGCUGUCAGAUUAUUUCGUGAUGAUGGAGAAGAUUGUAAAAGAUGUUGGUGAUAUUCAAUCCAGACUGAUUGAUCACAGGCCAGUCUUGCAGGGAGAAAUUAGAUACUUCAUCAGGGAGUUUGAGGAGAAGCGUGCUUUCAGAGAAUGCCGUCUACUUGAAAAUCUGAACAAGAUGACAUCCGACACAAAUGAACACGAUCUGCCGCGGUGCACUGAGAGUAUGCAUGAGAAACUAUGUGACGCUCUCACACGACUUGAAGCAGCAAAUCAUAUGGCACAGAGGAUCCAGCAGAGGGAGCUAGAGGCUGAACAGAACACACAUCUGCAGGUGUGUGCGGAGAGGCGGAAGCAGGACUGGGAGGAAUUCUUGAAGGAGCAGUCUCAGCUGAAGGAAGAGGUGAAUGAGGAGCAUGCUAAAGCUGUGGGCCGACUCAGUGCUCAGUACAGUGAGAUGAAAAAAGACCUGGCCAAACACAGCAGCUUCUGAACCAUUAUUAAUGAGUUCAUGAAUUUUCCAUUACGUUGAUGAUGUCAAGGAUGGCAUUAAAGAAAUACUUUAUGCAAAAUGAAAAUUCUGUCAUCAUUGUCAUCACAAACACGCUUAAUUUUAUGCAAACUACAAGUGUACAUUCAACUGGACAAUAUGUUAAUGUUUUAAGAAUCUUCAUACUGUUAUUAAUGUAUUUUAUGCUUUUACUUUUAUACAGUGACUUAAUAACUCUGUCUGCUAAGCUUGAAUGUUCCAAUGUUCAGGUUGGAUUUCUUUGAAUUCCUCUGUGUCCGUGUUGAUUUUACAGGAGAGCGGAAAGUUAAUCAAAUAUUAUAUUUACUUCUAUUUAAUGUAUUAGUAAGUACAAAGAGUUCAAGCCUGUAACAUUGAAUUAAGAGUCUUUCAAUGUGUGUGUUACAUUCAUGAGAUCUUUCAGACUGUAAAAACAUAUGUGCCUCUCACAUCCUUUAUGUUCACAUCUAAUCAUAGUCAUUGUCCACAUCAAUUAAAAUCUGUAAAUACA